AUGGCCAACGUCUUCUCCCUCCGAGGGCAGGCGCUCAAGCUCAACACCGCAGCCGACCUGCAAAAACACAUCAAGCCGCUAGAAGACAACCCCCACGUCGAGGAGAUUCACAUCGAAGGCAACACGAUCGGCGUCGAAGCCUCGCAAGCUCUCGCAAAGAUCCUCGAAACCAAAAGCUCCCUCAAAUACGCCAAUCUUGCCGACAUCUUCACCGGAAGACUACUAGCAGAAAUCCCACAAGCUCUCGACGCUCUGCUGCAAGCAUUACUGAAAUGCCCUAACCUUCACACGAUCAACUUGAACGACAACGCCUUCGGCCUGAAUACUGUCGAGCCUCUCCGACCUUUCCUCAGCCAACAUACGCCUCUCCAACACCUCUACCUUAACAACAACGGCCUGGGACCAGCAGCGGGCACUCUUGUCGCAGAAGCAUUAGCGCAGCUCGCAGAGAAAAAGGCAGCGGCGCGGAAGGAUGGCAAGGAUGUGGCAGACCUCGAGACUGUUGUGUGCGGUCGCAACCGGCUGGAGACGGGCAGUAUGGCGGCGUGGGUGAAGGCAUACCAGGCGAACAACAAGGUGAAGACGGUCAAGAUGGUGCAGAACGGCAUACGGCAGGAAGGAAUCGGCAUGUUGCUGCAGCACGGCCUGUCUGCUUGCACGCAGCUCGAGACGCUGGAUCUGCAAGACAACACUUUCACAGCGCUAGCGGCCAAGACGCUGGCGAAUGUGGUGUCGAAGUGGACGGAGUUGAGAGAUCUGGGAGUGGGCGACAGUUUGCUCAGCGCGCGGGGUGGCGUUAUGCUGGGCGAUGCGCUGGCGAAGGGGAAGAAUCCGAAGAUUGAGAUUUUGAGGCUGCAGUUCAACGAGAUCGAUACCAAGGGCCUCAAGGCUUUGACGGACGCGGCGACAGGCUCUGGUCUUCCACGGUUACGGCGCGUCGAGCUCAACGGCAACAAGUUUAGCGAAGAUGAUACGAACAUCGAGAAGCUGCGCGAUAUCUUGGACAAGCGUAAGGAGGAGCACGCCGAGGAGUACCCGGGCGUUGAUGAAGAUGAUGAGGACGCGUGGGGCAUCGACGAGCUGGAUGAGCUUGAAGAAGAGGAUGAGGAGGACGAAGAUGAGGUAGAUGUUGAGGAAGAAGACGAGGAGGAGAAGAUCGUCAAAGACGCUGAUGCCGCGGAGGAGGAGCCCGUUGCGCAGGAGAAGGAUAAAGAUGUUGAUGAUCUCGCGGAUGUGCUGGAAAAGACGGAGUUGAAGUAA